AUGAAGUUGCGCCAACGACAAGCGCAGCUACUCCUGCUUCUACUGCCUGCCCUCGCGCUCGCAUCCUCGUCGCUGGACACCUCCGCCAAUGCCGCCGACGACUCGCUAAGUGGCGUCACCAAGCCCAAGUACGACAUCGGGACCAAGGACGCUCCCGUGGACGGCAAGGAUGGCAAACCCCACGAGGGCCCCUUCGUCGACACCAAGACGACCGAGACGACGGGCUCAAAGAAGGAGUCGCCCAAGAUCGAGGACAUAGUACCCGACAAGUCGACUUCCAAGAGCGUCGACGCCGACAACGACAGCGUCAUGGAGGAUCCCCUCCACAAGUCGCCCAAGAAGGGCACUACGGGCACAGAGGGCGGCGUCACUGAGAAGGACAAGGCCAGGAAGGCCGAGGAGAGCAAGACGGGGGAGAAGGCCGAGAAGAUCCCCGAGUCGCCCAAGGAGGCCCCUCCCCUACCGCACAGCGAGCACGAGAAGAUCAUUGGCAGCAAGGAGAACACGGAUUCGUCUACGGACAAGUCCUCCAAGAGCUCCAAGGACGAUUCACAAGACGAUGUCACUGGGUUUGAGAAGCCAGGCAACUUGCCCGACAAGCUACGAGACAGCCCGAACCCGAUCCCCAACUCGGCUGCCAAGGACCACCUCGACCUCACCAAGCCUACCAAAUCCACCCCCAAGAAGGACUGGAAAGAGGACGCCGAUGAGGGCAACCAGGGCGUCAUCCAGCCUUUCCAUUCCUUCGUCCUCUCCCUGACCAUGAUCCUGGUCUCGGAGAUUGGCGACAAGACAUUCCUCGUAGCUGCACUCAUGGCCAUGAAGCACGAUCGUAUGCUGGUCUUCUCGGCUGCGUAUGGAGCCCUCGUCGUCAUGACAGUCCUUUCGGCCGUCCUUGGCCACGCCGUCCCUGCAUUGAUCCCCAAGCGCUUCACGUCUUUUCUCGCCGCCGGACUCUUUCUGGUUUUCGGUGCCAAGCUUCUUCGCGAGGGUAUGGGAAUGGAUCCCAAUGAAGGUGUUUCCGCCGAGAUGCAGGAGGUUGAGCAGGAAUUGGAGGAAAAGGAGCACGAGGCCCUCAAGGCAGGCCGCCGUCGGUCAUCGGUCACUCCUUAUGCCAUGGAAGGUGGUUAUGCGGGACGCAACCGCAAAUCCAGGUCGCAAUCACGCUUUACUCCUCCCCGCAGCCCCUCCACAUCACCGGCAAGAAGCCCUUCGCCUCGUGGCGGGCUUGUCGGAAACGUGGGCUCCGGCCUCUCUAACCUCUUCUCGUUGCUGCUCAGCCCUGCUUGGGUCCAGACUUUUAUCAUGACUUUCCUUGGAGAGUGGGGCGAUCGUAGCCAGAUUGCGACAAUCGCUAUGGCUGCCGGCCAGGAUUACUGGUGGGUUACUCUGGGUGCUCUCGUCGGACACGCCUGCUGUACCGGUGUUGCUGUCAUUGGCGGCAAGGCUAUUGCAGGCAAGGUCAGCCUGAAGAUGGUCACUAUCGGCGGUGCGGUUGCAUUCUUGGUCUUUGCUUUCAUUUACUUCAUUGAAGCCUUUUAUGCCUGA